AUGGCCAUGACCGACGAGACUGACCACAGCGGCGGGGUCAUCCUGGAUGGCCCCUUCGAUCCAGAUGCGCAGGCAACUGUGACAGACUAUAUUGACUACACAGAAUACCUUCCUGCAGAUAUCAUCCGCUCCCUGACCCUGAUCCGCGGCCUGGAUGACCGAUACCUCGAUUCGGCGCAAGACGUACACAGCCUUGCCAGGACCUACGGCCAGCUUCCUUUCCUUGCAUCUGACGAGCGCCCAAGCGCAAUCAGUGUGCGCAAAAAUAUCUCUCGUCAACUGGACCGCGCGAUCAAUGCCCGCGAGUCUGCCUACGCCGAGGCCUGCCGACUGUACGAGGUCGUGGAUCGCCACUUCGACCGACUGAGCUGUAUUCGUCAGAAGCUAGAGGCGCUUCCCAACCCCCCUUCCCGAGAGCCAACGCCACUGCCAGAACCUACACCGAAGCGAGUGCGCAAGGACAAGAAGGAUGGCGCGUCUACGACGCGUAUCACUCUCCGGCUGGACAAUACGACUCAGGACCGCAAGCGCAAGAAAUCGAGAUCACGCCGUUCGGGCAUUGCUGCGGAGCAUCUGGCAGGUUUCAAUCCGGAUUCCCCCAUUGCAAGCACAGAACAGUCAGACGCCGAGGCCGAGUUGGAGAUCCCUCCAAAGCCCGUCAAGCCGCCGAAGAAGGACAAGCCGCGCCGGCCUAGCUCAGGCGUGGGGGUGUCCACAAGUAAUGCUCUUGCACUGCUUAAGCCACCACCGGACGAUGCCAAGAUUGGCAGUGAAGACCUGCCAUGGCUACGACUCACCGAGUGGGAAAUGACCAAACUGCGCAAGAAGAUGAAGAAGAAUGCCGUGUGGCAGCCCAGCGAGGUCAUGAUCCACCGCGAGUUGGCUCUUUCUGGCCGCGGAUGGGAAGCCUACCGGACUGCGAAAGCGUUGGCUGAUGAGAAUGAUACUGAGUUCAUUGAUUGCGAUGAUAUCGAGAAUACCCGCCGUGACGAGAUAUACAAGGAUAUUGAAGAGACCAAGCUGAGCAACCGUGGAAUGAAGUUGAACGAGGCCAAGAAACUCAAGCGUGAGAUGUUGGCGCGAGAAGCGGCAGCCAACGGAGGAGAGGUCCCGACCCCUAGCAAGCUUGUGUCAGGCUCCAAUCACGCAACUCCGGCUAGCUGCUGGGGGGAAGAAAACCAAGUGGUCACUGCUCCUGCCCCAGCUGCAGUUCCUGGUCCCGUUGCAGCUGAACUCGUGGCUCCCGAAGCCGAAGCCCAGCCUCGAUCAGCGCUGGAGCCCGUUGACGCACCUGCAUCUACUCUAGCCUCCUCAAAGUCGCGCCGGAAAUCCAGUCGAGGAGGAACUACCAAUGGAGCGGGAGAUGUGGCCGCGCCUGUCGCUCCCAUCAAGACACGAACAUCACCCACGGCUGAUGUCAAACCCUCUUCUCCUCCACCCUCACCAACUGGAUCGCGUCGCUCAACAAGAUCAGUUGUACAGCCCGCUGGCACGCCCACUCCACCCACCACCAGACCAUCGUCAAGACGUUCUGCUGCCGCCGCAUCAAUCGAGCUGGGAGGUCUCGGCACAGCUCCUACCACUGCUGUCGCUGGCGGACGCGACUUGCGUAUUAAAAGCGCGACCCCGGCCCGCAAGACUCCCGUUCGAGAGCCAUCUCAUGCACCUAGCGUUCCCGGACCCAAUCGCAAGCGUAAGCGCCCUGCUCCAGGGCCCGUUUCUUCCGGCCAAGAUGGGGGCGCCGCCGUUAGUUACGGGCGUCGCAAAGCGAAGCCAGGCAAGAAACGUAUCAGUGCCAGCACCUCGCAAGAUAUCCGGGUGGAUGAAGACGGAGUACUGGAGGAGAUUGAUGCCAAUGAGCCACGUUACUGCCUUUGCGGGGACGUGAGUUUCGGCACGAUGAUUUGCUGCGAGAAUCAAGAUUGCGAACAUGUGUGGUUCCACCUCGAGUGCGUUGGACUAUCCGAAGUUCCUUCGCGCACGGCCAAGUGGUUUUGCCCUGAGUGCCGGGUCAAAUUCGACAAGGGGCCCGAUGGAAUUGUGAAAGGUGGAUCUCGGCGUUGA